GAGUGUGUAAAUGAGUACCUGUGUUGACAUAAUAAAUUAAAAUAUUCCCAGAAUAGUUCCUUGCGCCACAGGUAACUACGAUUAAGAAAUACUAAGUAAAUAGAGCAAUAUUGUAAUAAGAUUAGAUAGUUUAUUAAAUAACACUUGCAAAGGUAGAACAUAUCUUAUACUGCUUAAAUGAAAUGUCUAACGAAAAGAAAUCUAAUUGGGAUUCCAGUCAAUUGAGAAAAUACAAUCUCACUUUUACUGAAAUCCCUCGAUUCGAUUGUGAUGAUCCUAGAACGGAUGAACUGAUUUCGCAACAGAAACCUGUUGUUAUUUUAAACUCAAAUUUGGCCGCUUCAGCCCAAAAAUGGAACUUGGAAUAUUUAGAAACACACAUGGGAGAUGCAGAUUACACAGUAUACUUAUCAAGAAACCAUAAAUUUAAAUAUUUCGAUGAGAAAAAGGUACAGAAAUUAAAUGGCGAUAUUGGAAAGGGAAUUGAUUUUAUGCAACCAACAAAAAAAGUAGAUAUGAAAUUAUCCGAGUUUAUUAGAAGACUGAAAGAAUGGAAAAGAGGAGAUGAUAGGUUAUAUCUUCAACAAGGAUUAAAUAAUACGGUUGGUCCAGAAAUCGUAAGAGAUUUUGUAAAUUUUAAUUGGGAAUUUUGUAAUGGGAAACAAUCCAAACACAAUUGGGGACCUCUUACAUACAAUUUGCUUCUUAUCGGGAUGGAAGGAAAUGUUACACCUUGCCAUUAUGAUGAACAACAAAACUUGUUUGCUCAAAUUUACGGAUAUAAAAGAUGUAUAUUGUUCCCACCUAGCGAAUUUGAGUGUUUGUAUCCAUAUCCUGUUCAUCAUCCACAUGAUCGUCAAAGUAUGGUUGAUUUUGAUAAACCAGAUUAUAGUAAAUUUCCAAAAUUUAAAGAUGCGAAAGCUUAUGAAAGUGUUCUUGGUCCUGGUGAAGUUUUAUAUAUACCAGUGUAUUGGUGGCAUCAUAUAGAAUCGAUAAUGAGGGGUGGGCAUACUAUUACUGUAAAUUUUUGGUAUAAAGAUAGUCCAAAUGCAAAAAUAUCGUAUCCGUUAAAAGAUUUUCAAAAAGUGGCUAUAAUGCGAAAUAUCGAAAAAAUGUUGUUGGACGUUUUAAAAGAUCCUAAAGAAGUUGGUCCGUUAUUAAAAACUAUGGUUUUGGGGCGAUUUACGGAAUGAUAUGGUAUGGAAAAUAAAAAUUAAACCAAUUGAAUUAUUUAUUGCACACUUAAAAUAUCAGUAUUAUUAUUGACCAGUGUGCAUAUGAAUGAAUGGUAAUAUAAGAGACAAAGUGACUUAAAAAGGUAUUUUUAGGACAGCUAUUAAUGAUAAAUGGAUAGUUUUUCUUUUCAUUUUUUUUGCCAUUUUUAAUCCAAACUGGAUUUUUAAGUAAUUUUUUUUUCAAUAUAAAUGUUAUUCUUAAUUAGCUAAUUAAUUGGUUGUUUGCAAUUUAAAACUGUGAUUUUUAAAGUGUAUUAUUAUUUGAAAGAAUUCGUAAAGAAAAACCAAUUUGAGACUAUUCUUUUAAAAACAAUAUCUUAUUUGUAUUUGCUAAUAAUAAUAAUCUAUAUUUUUAUUUAUUUAUACGUAAUUAUAAAGGUAAAUUCCAAAAACGUA